AGCCCGGCGCGGCUGCCUCUCGGGGCAGGAUGGCUCAGCCUGAGCUCAUGGCUUCGUGCCCCUCUUUAAACGACCUCAAGCUCCAGCCAAGCGGCGAGGACUGGGAUUCCUAUGCCACCACCAUGAGGACCGCAUUCACCCGCAAGACAGGAACAGCGCCCGCUCUGAUCCGUCAAAAAAGUAUCAGAAGAUUAGGAUAUGCAUAUGCACUUGGCGAUCCCAUUCUGAAUACACAAUACAAUGACGAGUAUGUGUGGAAAUCAUAUUCUAAAGAAAAUUUCGUAAAAAAUGGGUCUUCAAGAGGAUUCAGGAGACACAAAUAUCAUCCCAAUCAAACCUUCAUUGAAUGGACACUACCUCCAGAGCAACCAAGCGACAGAUCAAGGGACUGCCUUGCUUGGAAAAUCCCUGCUUCUAUGGAUGAAAUGAAGACGGCAAUAGCAAAUCAGUUUAUUUCCCAAACUAAGAGAGACUUUGUGGAUAUAGACAAAGCUCAGAAGAUCAAGAAAAAUUCUCCAGUGUGUGCGGACUGGAAAAAGUACCUUCCUCGACCCCUAGACACUGAAUUUCGACGGAAUUACCAAAUUCCAGCUAAAAUUCCUGAGUUGCAGGAUUUUAGCUUCAGAUACGGAUGCUACUCAAACUUGUCAGUGGCUUCUCAGGGUCUAGUCCCUUCGGUGCUGCACAGUUACAUGAGGACUCAAGAACGCACGAAGCAGCAGACCACAUACCAAAGUGACUAUGGGAAGGACUACCUGGACUUCUUAGUGCUCUUAAACUCGUUCACGACCUCUCAAAUCAACGAGUACCUUAAGACUGUUUCUGGCAAAGACAGACAAAUUCUGGAUCACUUUAUUCAUUCUCACUGUGACAUCAACAAAGAAAUGAAAAGAGGAAAAUAGUUCAGUGAAGAAAAUCAGAAAAUCAAUGGAAGCAACAAGGACUACCUAGUCAUUUUCUCGAAAAUCAAGAAAAAAUUGGAUGCAAAUUGCUCCAAAUAUAUUGUGAUGACUGUGAGUUUAUUUUGUUUUUGUUUUUUUUAACAAUGCAAAUAAUUUGAGGCUACAAAUUUCCCUCUUCACAUAACUGUAGCUAUAUCUGAUAGUUUUAAUAUAAUGUCUUUUCUUUUCCUUAAUUUUUGGAUCUUAAUUUUUGGUUUCAAUUUUGAAAUCUUACUUGUUCCUCUUUGAACCAGGAAUUAUGUGGAAGAGAUUUCUUAACUUCCCAA